UCUCCCAAAAUUGGGCCAUGGCUAACCUUACGUGCUCAUUCCAGCGGUUUUCUUUGAUCUUCCUGUUGAUCUUCCUCGGUGUUGAUGCUCUCAACAUCAUUCCAAGGUUAGGAAUUUCAAGGAAAAUCGAUAAACAACAUAAACCACAAAUCUCGUCUGGCCUGAAACUGGCCGAGGACCUCCGGACAUUCUACUAUACCCAAACACUCGAUCACUUCAACUACAGACCAGACAGCUACGCCACUUUUCGACAAAGGUAUAUGAUAAAUUCUAACUACUGGGCUGGACCUAACUCGAGCGCGCCCAUUUUUACAUACCUUGGUGCAGAAGAGCCCGUGGACGACGAUAUAAAUGUUGUUGGAUUCCUCAGAGAAAACGCCCCUCAAUUCAAUGCUCUUAUUGUUUAUGUUGAGCAUAGAUACUACGGGAAAUCCAUACCCUUCGGGUCCAUGAAAAAAGCAAUGAAAAAUGCAAACACGAGAGGCUAUUUCAACUCAGCCCAAGCUCUAGCAGACUAUGCUACGGUGCUUUUACAUAUAAAGGAACGUUUGUCUGCUCAGAGUUCUCCCAUCAUCGUUAUCGGAGGAUCCUAUGGUGGAAUGCUUGCCUCAUGGUUCAGGCUAAAGUAUCCCCACAUUGCUCUCGGUGCCCUGGCUUCAUCAGCACCAAUUCCAUAUUUCAGUGGCCUCGCCCCAAAAGCCGGAUAUUACUAUAUUGUCACCAAGGAUUUUAAAGAAGCUAGUGAGAGCUGCUACCAAACUAUACGUAAAUCGUGGUCUGAAAUUGACAGAGUAGCCAAGAUGCCUAAUGGCCUUUCAAUUCUCACCAAGACAUUUAGAACUUGCAGAAAACUGGACAACAGUUCUGAGCUGAAGAAUUACUUGGAUUUAACAUAUACGGAGGCAGCUCAGUAUAAUGAACCUCCAGAGUACCCAGUUAGUGUGAUCUGUGAAGCCAUUGAUGCAGCAGCGAAGAAAACAGAUACUCUCGGCCAAAUAUUUGAAGGUCUGGUGGCUUAUAACGGAAAUGAGUCUUGCUACGACACGAAUCAGUUCAAUCACGACACCCAAACUAACAUCGGAUGGAACUGGCAGAGCUGUAGCGAGAUGGUGAUGCCAAUCGGUCAUGAUAGGAACGAUACAAUGUUCCCACCGGCUCCAUUCAGUCUGAAGAGCUUUGUGGAUAGAUGCAGGAGUUUGUAUGGCGUUCGUCCACGGCCUCAUUGGGUGACAACGUAUUAUGGGGGUCCUGACUUGAAACUGAUUCUGUAUAGAUUUGCCAGCAACAUUAUCUUCUCCAAUGGAUUGAGAGAUCCGUACAGUUCCGGCGGGGUGUUGGAGGAUAUAUCCGAUAGUAUCAUUGCAGUGUCAACGGUCAAUGGAUCUCAUUGCCUGGACAUACUUGAAGCGAAACCAAGUGAUCCUGAAUGGCUGGUGAUGCAGAGGAAGGCAGAGAUCAGGAUAAUCAAAGGCUGGAUCGCCGAGUACCAAGCCGAUAAAGUUGCAUUAAAUAAGCAAGUUCAUCAGUAA